GUGCGCGAUGACGUCUGACGGCCGGCCGGCGUGCCGAUCGGUGACGUGGCGGGCGCUGACGUUGCUGUGGUGACGCGGCCAUCUUGGUCCCAGCGGCUGGAGGAGCGCGGCGGUAUAUUGUGGUCAAACGAACAAAAGAUGAUGGAGGAAAGUGGGAUUGAGACAACACCUCCCACAACCCCACCACCAAAUACUACCAUGACACCAAGCAACCCUCCAAUUUCAACAGUUCUACCUAGCACUUUACCUAAUCCCAUUACUACCUCCAUUUCAGCCAUGUCUCCCCAAGUCUUUUCGACACCUCCUCAUUCUAGAACCCACAUGCCACCUGUUAGGUCCUCUACACCCCUAACUGCUGUUGCAUCCCCUAUUCAUCCAGCUGCUGGUCAUUCUGGUGCUGCAGCUUAUGGCUUUCCUCCUUCGAUGCCUUCUAUGGGCCCUCCUGCUGGUCCUGCCUUUUCUGCACCUCCAGCAGGUCCACCCACCACUGGGUUCUCCAUGUCUGCAAACUACGACAUCACUCGAGGCCAUGCUGGGAGAUCUCCACAAACCCCGUUGAUGCCAAUUUUUUCUGCAUCUGGCACAGGAGUUGUUCCAGGUGCCAUGACUCAGGCCCCUACUCCUGCUGGAAGUGGCUCCUCCAUUACUUUCCCAGUGGAACCUGAGGACCCCAGGAUGUCUGCACACUAUGACCAAAGUGGUGCUGGAGGCGGAUUAUGGGGCUUCUUUAAGGGUGUGGCAGGGAACUCCGUUGUGAAAUCAGUUUUGGACAAAACAAAGCAUUCUGUUGAGUCGAUGAUCACCACGCUGGAUCCAGGCAUGGCUCCCUACAUCAAAUCAGGUGGUGAUUUGGAUAUCUUGGUAACUUCUAAUAAAGAGGUUAAAGUGGCAGCUAUUCGAGAUGCUUUCCAGGAAAUCUUUGGAAUGGCCACGGUUACCGGGGAAGCUGGCCAGUCAAAUAUUGCUCCACAACCUAUUGGGUAUGCGGCAGGAUUAAAGGGAGCUCAGGAAAGAAUAGAUAGUCUGAGGAGAUUGGGGUUGAUGCAUGAAAAGCAGGUGACCGUUUCUGUUGAGAACUUCAUUGCAGAAUUGCUCCCAGACAGGUGGUUUGACAUAGGAUGUCUGAUCCUUGAAGAUCCAGCUCAUGGUAUUUGCUUAAAAAAUUUCACACAAGCAACACCAGUGCCUUCAGAAUUUGUGCAACAGGCACAAAACCUUACGCCAGCUGACUACAACCUGAGAUGGUCUGGUUUGAUGGUGACAAUAGGUGAAGUUUUGGAGAGGAGUAUACCCCACGUCAGUCGCAAUGAUUGGCAUAUCGUGUUUACAGGCAUGUCUCGAAGACAGAUGAUCUACAGUGCAGCCAAAGCCUUAGCAGGGAUGUACAAGCGACAACUGCCAUCAAAAUCCAUUUAACCAUCAAAACUGUGGCCCACUGUUCUAAGGGGAUUUUUUUUAAUCUCAGUGCACUUCCUGCACAAGAACUGUUUAAACAUUGAUGUAUUUUUAUAUAUUCAAAUCAGAAGUGCAGUCUCUGAGGCAAAACUCUCCCAUCUACCAGCAUAGGAACUGGUUAAUUGGAACAUUCCAGAAACUGAAUGUGAUCCUUUGUGAUGGGAACUAUUUUAAAAUAUGCAUUUUCUUUAUUCUCACUUUAUACUAAAAAUAGUUUGUUACAAUUACUUUGAUAGAUACUGUCGCAAAAUGCAAAUUGAGGUACUAAGCAUUAGCAAUGCUUGUCUAUAUUCCUGCCACCUAAUCAUAAAUACACAUUUGUGUCCAAGAGUGAGUUAAUGUGCAUGGAAUAAUGUGCAGGUAGUUCUGUUCUUUGCUUCUAUCCUUGUAACAUGAGCUUAUAAGGUAACAACAUUCAAAAUGAUGGAUAUAUGAUUUACGUUGAAACUUGUCAACCCACACUUUUGAAAAAAAUCUGAUAAAUGGUCAAGGUGAAUUGUCACAAGGUUAAAUGAAAGAUUUUAUUUUAAAUAAAAUGCAAACGCUGUUAUUUGAGAAACCUUAAUCAACCCCUCUCUACUGCCAAGUCAAGCUACUACAAGGCUCAUUGGAAGUAUCAUUGGCCUAUUUUGUUAUUUUUUGUAAAGGAAAUAAAACUGAAAUAUCAGAAAUGACAUCAGUAUUUCCUUUGUAAUCUUAAUUUAAUUUUGGCAUUUAUCAGAAUUGUUUUUAAUUAAUUUUCUCCAUUGAGACGAUGCUAGUUAGCUUCCAUUGCAAUAUGCUGCACUGUAAUGGUUGGUACAUAAUUGAUUGCUUUCUUGAAAUGUGCAAUUAAUCAUAAUGCAAGUAGUUUACAAAUAAACCUUUGCCAAAAGACUUUAGUGCUAUAAGCUGAAGUUUUAAACAGUAACUGUUUGAAUAUAGUUGGUCCAAUUAGAAGCUAAUCAUUUAGAUGUUGCCUGAUGGUUAAAUGAAGAGUUGAAAAUAGUCCCCAAAAAAUAGUUUAGUUGUAAUUUUCUGCCAAAUGAAUCGCUGCAUUCAUUUUAUUUUGCCUCUUCCCAAUUCAACACUCUUUGUGCAAAAUAAAAACUGUAGCGGGACUCCAGUGUAAUUAUGACCAUAAAACUGAUGCCUCAAUGCAGGGAUAAUGUCUAGAAGGAACUAUCCCAGAAAUCUGGCAUGUAUGGGUGGAUUUCGGUAGCGAUAGAGAAGGAAUCAGUUAUGAGGUUCAAAGUCAAGUGAUAGAUUUUGUAGGCAAUAGUAUUAAAGGAUGCAGAAUGAAUAUGGGUGGGUUCACAUCACUCACAAUGUAAUUAAAUGACAUAAUGGGUUUAUCACCUGUCCUGUUCCUGUGCUCCAGCCUCGCAAGAGCCAAAUGGCUGCCGCAUCUUCCAUUGUAAUGGACUUGAUUGGCCUUUUGUUUUGUUGUCCUCAUCCUGUAGGAAGGGCCACUUCAUAUGGAACUUGUACAUUGGUUAAUUAUGCUCCCUGUUUGUAAUUCUGACUGGGACAUUUGCAUUAGGGAGGUGAAUCAAUGAUUAUACGUAAGUAACAAUGAUAAUUGAGCAUGCGACACAGAUGUGGCUCGUGCGUACACAUUGAUGAAAAAUCGUUUUCUAUCCAAAUCUGCAUAAUUUGUUUAGCUGAUACUGAGAUUUAUUUUCUGCCCGAGUAUUAAGAUGUUUUUCAUCUGAUUCAGCUUAAUGAUGAGUUGCUUGUGAUGCUGAAUAGAUCCAACUAAAGCCUGCAGAAAAAUAGGUGCAGCAGUCAACCAUUUGGCCCUUCGAGGCAGCACUGCCAUUCAAUAUCAUGGCUGAUCAUCUAAAGCCCGUUCCUGCUUUUUCUCCAUAUGCCUUGGUUCCUUUAGCCCUAUGAGCUAAAUCUAACUCUCUUGAAAAUACCCAGUGAAUUGUCCUCCACUAACUUCUGUGGCAGAUAAUUCCACAGAUUCCAACUCUCUGGGUGUAGACAUUUUUCCUCAUCUUAGUCCUAAAUGGCCAACACCUUAUUCUUAAACUGUGAACAUUGGUUCUGGACUCCCCCAACAUCGGGAACAUUUUGCCUGCAUCUAGCCUGUCCAAUCCUUUAAGAAUUCUAUAUGUUUCUAUAAGAUCCCCUCUCAUCCAUCUAAAUUCCAGUGAAUACAAGCCCAGUCGACCCAUUCUUUCAUCAUAUGUCAGUCCCGCCAUACCAGGAAUUAACCUGGUGAACCUACGCUGCACUCUCUCACUAGCAAUAAUUCUUGCAUGCAUUCGAAAAAAGAUUCCUUAAUCAGUCGGAUACAAAAAGAAAAAUGUUAUUAUACGGUUGCUUCAAUUUGGUGAAUUUGAUUUGGAAUGGGUAUGAAAUGAUUCCAAGGCAGAGAGAAACAAUGGCAUCACUAUGAACACACGGCCCCCACUCCUGUCCCUGUGCUCUUGUACCUCUUGGUUCAUUGCGAUUUUAAAAUUAGUGCCACUCGGGUGAAUAUCUCAACCAGUGUAAAAUUGUUUCCUUCCCAUUUAGAACUUGAUUUCAUUGUUAUUUGGCAGUAAUUGCCAAAUUUCAUGUGUGCAGAUUUUGUCAUUUGGAUCCUUAUCAUGUUUAUAUUUUAACCUUAUUUUAUAAUAAAAUGACCUUUGUAAA